CAAGCAGUGGCCUAAUCAAUCAAUAAUCAUGAUCCGAUGAUCCAAGAUGGUAGUUUUCAGGUUUCCAUCUACUACUGCCUAGUUUCCACUAUAUAUAACUUCUAUUUUUGUUCCUUCGGCGAGCUGCUGUUUGGUGAAUCAGAUCGAUUUCUCCUCAGUCCAUCAUGUUGUGACCCUCAGUUUGGUGAACCAGAUCGAUCUGCUGUUUGGUCGAGCGGGAUGUCAUCGAGCCACCUGAAUCGCCCAGCCGCCUCGGUUGCGUGCAGCAGCAAGCGCCCAACGGCCUUGGUUGCAAAGUGCAGCAGCUCGCGCCGGCGGCGGAAGAUCGCUGAUGCCGCCGCCGCCGCAGCCCGGGAUUCAUCUCCGUGGGCGUCUCUACACGACGAUUUGGUCAGCCUAAUCGGGUGGCGAGUGCUCGCCGGCGAUCUGCAGGACUACGUCCGCUUCCGCGCAGCGUGCCACCACUGGCGGUCGAGCACCGCCUGCCCGCGCGGCCGCGGCAUCGUCGACACGCGCUUCCACCCGCGGCGGUGGAUGCUGUUCCCCGAGGGCCACGGCCUCUACCCGGGCCACGGCAAACUCGGUGGGUGCGUCCGCUUCUUCAACCUCUCAACUGGUGCCUUCGUCCGCGUCCGGCUCCCGCUCUUCAGGGAUCACUGCGCCCUCGACUCCGUCGACGGCAUCCUCCUUCUGCAGAGGGAUCAGGACACCGCCAUCCGUCUCCUCCAUCCUUUCACCGGCGACAUCGCGGAGCUCCCACCGCUGGAGACCCUCCUGCCACAUGUGGACCCAUGGUUGCGGGGAAACAAGUGGUGUUAUCUCAGAAAUAACUGUGUUGCCUGCAUCAGCGUGGGUGCAGAUGGAGUCGUCAAAGCAAUGAUGUCCCUACCCGGAAACCAGAAUUUCAUCUUUGCUACCUCUGGGGAUCAGCAAUGGAGGAUCUCAAGCCGGCGCUGCUGCCCGCGUUCUGUUCCAUUGCCGUUCCAAGGAAAGUUCUAUAUGUUGCAUCAGCCUGAAGAUAACAGCGAACCAGAGGUCUUUCAGGUCGACCCACCCCAGCAGGAGGAUAUGAACUUGGGUACGCCAUCGUUGCCGCCACCGAAGUUUAUAGCCAAAUGUCCAGCAAGCACAGGAAUGUGUCCCCCUUUGUAUGAUCUGGUAGAAUGCAACUCGGAGAUUUUGGUGAUCACCUUAAGAGGUGAGCAAUAUUCACUGUACAGAUUAGCUGAUCUGAUGCUGGGAAGGACUGUCCCGCUGACAUGCAUCAAUGGCAGCACUAUCUUCUUUUCUAGGCAGAGGAGUCUGCAUGUCAGCUCUGAGGCGUUUCCUACCAUUGUGGCUGACACCAUUGUUCUUUUCGAACCAAUUAAAACAUAUCUUGCUCAAUACCAUCUCAAUAGUGGCACAUUAUCGGCAGCAUCAGAUGGACGUACACCAGGGAUUGCUUUUCCAAGUCCUUGCACCAUCACUCCCCAUAUCUUUACCUGCUGCUUUCGUGAGUACUGGAACAAAGGACAGAUAAUCUUCCAUGGGAAUUGGAAGGACUGGAGGGUGAAGAGAAAGUGGCGACACGGGGCGUAAACGGCUCCUGUACCUUGGUGGAUUGGUGGUGGUGCCUGCUUUUCCUCCUGCUACAGCUUUAUUUAUUAUACUAUAAAGAACAAAAACUUUUAAUAACACUUCUCAUCUAGAUAUAUUCUUCAGUACUCCUCACGUUGGACCCACUGUAUUCCUCAAAAGAUAUGUAGUCAGUCCCAAUAUUAUACCUUA